AUGCUAGGGCAGCUAGUGUUUCGCGGUACCUUCAUCACCCUCGAGGAAGAGCCCGAGGGGAGCCGCCGCCGCGUGCGAGCUUUGAGUGCUCCAAGUCGAAGCCUCCAAGCAUCCGAAGCUUUGGAGCAUGAUUGGCAGCAGAAGAACGUCGAACUCCAGAACUAUGUCGGAGGAUUGCUUGCUGAACCAACUUUUGGCGAGACGCCCGAAGCAUCCGAGUCUGAGGAGGACAUGGCCUCUGGAAACGACGAGGAAAACCCGGGCUUGCAAGACGACGACGCCGUCGGGGUACGGCUGAACGAAGGAAGUUUGGGCCACCCUGGGCUUUGUCGACGUCCAUGCGUCCACUUCGCCAAG